GCUUCGCGCGCGCGUUUAUUUCUUUUUAAAAAUGCCCAUCUCGUAUCGCCCGUAACCUCCUGGCGCGAAUGGAAGGAAAGUCUAGCGUAGCGAAUGUUCAGGGUUUUCUAUUUUUCGCGCGAAUUUGCGAAUUCGUUAUCGCGCUCCGUGUUGACGGAAGUUGCGUGUGUCUCACGUGUGGUUACCGGAAUGGUGGUGGUUUGUGGUGGCCUUUGGCCAACCUUGACCUUUUGCGGCGCUGUCAUUUCUCGCGUCAACCUCCGACCUUUUCGUCGUUGUUCGCGCGAAAGCGAGCGCCUUUCGUUUUGUUCUUGUCGGCGCCUGUCUGGUUGGCGGACGUGUUCGGAAGCAAUCACUCUUUGGCUACGCGCGCGCGCGACGCCGUCGACUUGGUGUUCGCGUGAUUUGUCAGCUGUGUCGCACCUGUGCGUCGCCUUGGGAGAGCGUGCCCCCCUUUUCCUUCGGGCGUGUCGGGGGCGGACGCAAGGCGUCGUGAUUGGGGUACGAUUCGGCGAAGAUUGCUUGUCGACUGGCCCGGGAAAGCAUGGCCCGGCCUCGGACUGCCACCAGGAAGGGGGCGCCGGUUGUGGAGUGAACGGCAAGCUGUGCGACGGGGGCUUCAAGCGGCGCCGUCUGGGAGAUACCUGGGAGGGGCUCCCUCCCCCUCCAACGGCCAUGUUCCAGCCGUGCCCCAAGCUGAACACGGCUGGCCUGCUGUCCCCAUCCGACCCCCAGCGGAGCUCUCGGGCUGGUCGGAGUUUCCUGACGAUCCGGCACAACGCGUCUGUCUACCACACGGAGGAGUGGAAGCCACGGGGCUGCACCAUGUACCUGCCGCUGUCGCAGGACGUCAUGAUCAACACUCGCAACGUGGACCAGCUGAGCUUCGAGAACGACCAGUUCUUCCUGGCCGAUGGCAAGGGCAACUACAUCGGCGCAAAGAGCGGCAACGCCAUACAUUUUUGGAGGUACGACACGAGCACGAAGAGGCUCUUCAUCUCGCAGUCCAUACUGUUCCUCAGAGAACAGGAUCACAGGGAAGCCCUAGAGCAGUUGGAGUGGCUCUGACGUCUACUGCAGGAGCUCUAGUGCUGCUUGUUGCUGCACGACUCGACAACACCUCCAAGCCUGUGAUGUGGGAACUGCAUGCAACGCCCCAAGUUUAUUAUUUUUUUUCUUAAUGCGUUUUAAAGACUUGACGAUCUCCGCUCCCCCGCAACCCACAGACUAUGUGCGCGACGGACGCAACGAGUGAUCUUUCAGCAAGGGCCCAACUCGCCAAAGAAAUCUCCAAAGAAGACAGCGACACUCGUUUGAACAAGAGGGGAAGCCUCUUCAGGAUGGAAGGCUUUAUUGUGUGUUCGAUCGAUGGGCACCCCCUGUUCUGGGCCCCCUGGCCUCUUUUAGAAGCUUUUGCAUGUCGCCGUCACGUGAAUUAAAGAAUGUUUUCUGCUUGUUCA